AUGGUCUCUCCCACGAACAACGAGAGCCUCAACGCUCCGCCCGAGCCCGACGCAGUCGACGAGGUGGUCGAGGCGCGCCUGCUCUUCACCGAGGCGGAGGAGGCGGCCCAGCUCAUCGGCUCCCUCGGCGGCGGCGGCGACGAGGCGGCCGCUGCCGCGGAGCGUGUUUGCACGAUCCUCGACCGCUACCAGGAGCAGCCGGGCGUGCUCGACCCGGCACUGGAGCUGCUGGUGGUGCCGCUGCUCUCGGUGGUGCGCACGCUCGCUCAUGCCGGCGGCGCCGCCGUCUCCGCCUCGCUGCGGCCGCCGUGCCGCGUCAUGUACACGCUUUGCAAGGUUCGCGGCUACAAGACGGUGGUCAAGUUCGUGCCGCACGAGGCGCGCGACCUCGAGCCGCUGGUCGGGCUGCUCGGCACGCUGGCGCCGGAGGACGGAGACACCUGGCAGAUCUCCUACUCCCUCAUGGUCUGGCUGUCAAUGGUUGUGAUGGGCUGCAGCCGGCCCUCCGCGAGCACCGCCUCUUUCCUAACGGUCGGGAUCUACACGACUCUGGCCGCUAUCUUCAAGCUCGGCCACCGCGAGGAGCUCCUCCCGCAGCUGGAGCUGCAGGUGCACCUCGGGCCGCUGAUCGCCGCGCCCGCGGCGCUGCUUGGCGACUCCUCCGUCCUCCUGUCGGGGCUUCGCGACUCCGACACCGUCGUGCGCUGGUCCUCCGCCAAAGGCAUCGGCCGCAUCACAAACCGCUUGCCGCUCGAGCUCGCGGACGACGUCGUCGGAGGCGCCGUCGACCUGCUCGCGCCGGAGGAGCGAGGCGGCGUUUUCUUGCCCAGCGCCGUCGACCUGCUCGCGCCGGACGAGCAGGCGAGCGCGUGGCACGGCGGCUGCCUUGCUCUGGCGGAGCUGGCGCGGCGCGGGCUGCUGCUGCCUGCGCGGCUGCCGGAGGUGCUGCCUCGCGUCGUGUCGGCGCUGCACUACGACGUCCCUCGCGGCACAACGUCGGUCGGGACGCACGUGCGCGACGCGGCCUGCUACGUCUGCUGGGCCUUCGCGCGCGCCUUCGACGCCGCCGUGAUGGCGCCGCACGCGCAGUCGCUUCUCGUCGUCGUCACGUUCGACCGCGAGGUGAACGUGCGGCGCGCCGCUUCGGCCGCCUUCCAGGAGACUGAGAAUGUGGGGCGGCAGGGCUCGUUCCCCCACGGCAUCGAGAUCGUGACCAGGGCUGACUACUUCGCGCUCGGCUCGCGUCCGAACGCAUACUUGCGCUACCUGCGCGUCGCCUAA